CUCCGGCGACCUGUUAGAUAUGAUACAAGCUCAAAAGAUAGCAUUAGCAUGUCUCGGGCAUUCCUAAAGCAUUAUGCCCAUCCAAUCAGCGAAUGGAUUCAAUAUUGGCCACAGGAACCACCAAUCUACAGGUAAAACAGUUUUUUCUUUUUUUAAAAAACCGUUUUACAAACCAGAACUACAAAAUGAGCAGCACAUGUUUUAAGAAUUAAUAUGACCCAUUUUCGCUUACUGAAACCAGGGAAUACAUGGGAAAGUAUGCUGCUGAAGUAAGGAGGGUGGCUUUGCAUCUGAUGGAAGCAAUACUAGAAGGCCUAGGAUUGGGCAAGGAAUACCUGAAUGAGAAAUUUCAUGAAGGCUCCCAGCUAUUGUCGGUGAACUGCUAUCCCAAAGCAUCACAAAGUGCCACAAGUAUAGGGCUGGCUCCACAUUCUGAUUAUGGAUUCCUUACCAUCCUGCUCACAAGUUGUCAGGGCCUUGAAGUUGUCGACCCCAGCACCAACAUCUGGAAAAGGGUCCAGCAACUUCCACACGCUUUGCAUGUCCACAUUGGUGACCACAUGGAAGUCCUGAGCAAUGGCAGAAUGAAAACAGUUUUGCAUCGUGCCCUUCUGAAUUCUGAAGAAGCAAGGAUUUCUAUAGCUAGCAUUCAUGGUUUUGCACUACAUGAGAAGGUCACCUGUGCCAAGGAGCUAGUGGAUGAAGAAAAUCCCCCCAGAUACAAAGAGAGCAGCUUCAGUGACUUCCUCGACCAUCUCACAGCUAAUAUGGACAACAAGCACAGGAACUUUCUCGAAAGCCUAAGAAUGUAGUUUUUCUCUUUCAUCCCAGUGCAUUAUUAUGGGUCUGUCACAG